AUGGUGAUGGAUCGAUUCCACAAGGCUAACCCUCCAUCGUUUGAAGGUCACUAUAAUCCUGAUGGAGCUCAAAAGUGGUUGCAAGAAGUUGAGAAAAUUUUCAGAGGAGUGGCAUGUCCCGCAAGUCAGAAAGUGCAUCUUGGCACCUUUAUGUUGACAGAGGAAGCUGAACAUUGGUGGGAUAAUGCGUGCCAACGUUUAGAUAAUGCAGGGACUCCAAUUACUUGGGCUAUAUUCAAGGACAUGUUUUUAAUUAAGUAUUUCCCUGAAGAUAUCUAUAAUAUAAAGGAGAUGGAAUUUGUUAAAUUGGAACAUGGGAAUAUGUCAGUAGCAGAGUAUGCUGCUAAGUUCGAGGAAUUAUCCAGGUACUAUCCACUCUAUGUUGGAGAGGCAUGA